CUGUUGAUCUGACGGAAGACACUUUGACAGUGGCGGACCAGAGUGAGGACGGAGGGGAGGAGGACACUUCCCUCUGUGAGCCCUGUGUGGACAGCUUUCUGCUACAGGCUGAGACAGGAGGGGGGCAGGAGACACCUCACCCCAUGGACCCCCCAUGGGACCUCCCACACCCCAACCUGCCCAAACUACUUACCAGGCUGGGCAGCCUAGAGGGUCCUCACCCCUUCCCUAAGUCGGAUCCUAACCUAGAGAGGAAGAAGUCUCCAGCCACUCUACCCAGGAACUUCACGUUGCCCAGGACUACCCAGGGUUCCUUGCUGCGAGGACGGAGCUCCACCCCUACCGGUUCCCCUCACCUGGGGCCGCUGCGACCCCCACCGCCCCCCAGCUGUAUUAUAGAGGAGCUACAUCGGGCCCUGGCCACCAAACACAGACAGCACAG